CAAAUGUUUAUUACGCACAGGUAAGUACUAGUAGGCUGUCUUUUGGCUUCUUUGUAAUAUCCGUAAUAUUAGUCUGUCAUCCGACUUUGUAAUACUUGAACAUUGUCAUCAACAGCUUAUGUACUAAAAGUUCUAAUAACUGCCACCACUGGCUCUAGUACAUUUUCUCUCUGCACUGGCUGUAAGGUUUAAAGAUAGCUGAAAAGACACAUAAUACAGUACCUCACUGUAGCUAUACAGAGAUUGUUGGGAAGUCAUAUUCCUCCACUGCCAGUGGCCACAUACAUGUAUUUAUUUAUUUUUUUCACAGAGUAGUCACGAUGGACCAGUUCACCCAGAUGAAAAGGUGCACGCCACAGCUACUCCCCACCCUUGCCCUCUCCCUUCUGGUGUGUCUUAGUUUCGUCUCCCCCCUACCUACAACGGAGCCCCCACUGUUUGACGGUUAUCCCUUUGUGGGUAUAUGGAAUGCCCCGACCCCUGCAUGCAAGAGGCUGGAGAUCCCACUGGACACCUGGUCCUUCAAGGCAGUGACCACGCCUGCUGCUGUUCCUGGUCAGUUCCUCACCCUGUUCUACUCUGACCGCCUGGGCCUGUACCCUUACGUUGACCCCAACAACCAUCGCCAGUUCAAUGGCGGCAUCCCCCAAAAGGGCAACCUGACGGCCCACCUUAUUAAGGCCUAUGGUGACAUCAAUCAUUAUAUCCCCUCUUACACAACCCCGGGUCUGGCUGUCAUUGACUGGGAAGAAUGGCGCCCCCUGUGGGACAGAAACUGGGGGUCCAAGGAUAUUUACCGUCAACUGUCCAUCGCCUACGCUCGAGAGAAGGACCCCUCUUUGUCCCCAUCACAAGCAACCAAUGAGGCCAAGAAGCAGUUUCAGACUGCAGCCCGCAAGUACAUGGAGGGAACAAUGAUGCUAGGUACCAGCCAGCGGCCCAUCCAGCAAUGGGGGUUCUAUCUGUUCCCCGACUGCUACAACUAUGGCUGGGAGAAGCCAGACUACACAGGGCAGUGCUCCGACAAGACCAAGAGCCAGAACGACGAGCUUCUGUGGCUUUGGGAGUCCAGCACGGCUCUAUACCCUUCAAUCUACCUGCCUGCAUCGCUGAACAACAGCUCUAAGGUGGCGCUCUUCGUCCGAAACCUCGUUCAGGAGGCAGUGAGGGUGGCAGCUCUGCCCAAACGCCCCUACACUGUGCCCAUCUAUGUGUACUCACGCCCACUCCGUGACCAAAAGUUUCUCAGUACGGUGAGGGCAUUAGAUUUCAAUUACUUAAUAGUUAAAAUUGCUAUGCAAUUUCAAUAGACUUUUAUGUUAUCUUUAGCUUUGUGCUAUUAAAACGUGUGGUCACUAAAUGCCGAUAACUCACAAGAACAUUAUUAAGACAUGCAGUGCACACAUUAUUACAAAUGUAUUUUGACUUCAGGUGAGUUUCAUGCAGGAGUUUCUGUCAUACUGUAUGUCUGUCAUUCCCAGGAGGAUCUGAUCAGAAGUAUUGGAGAAAGUGCAGCAUUGGGGGCCUCCGGGUCAGUGCUCUGGGGGGCCAGUGCCGACUAUACUGACAAGGUAAUCUCACAUACACCUCUCCACAUUUCUUAUUUUAUGUCCCAUGAUAACAUAUUAAGUACACUUAUUGAAUUUGUACUAUGUUUUGUUGUAUGUAUCAUUUCACACAAGAAGUUCCCUCACAGGAAAAUGAAAUUAUUUAAAUGUAAUUGAAUACUUCAAUCUAAAAAGCUUUUUUGAGUGGUGGUGCAGUACCCUUACAGAAAAAUCACAUGAUUUCAUGUGACAUUUACACAUUUUGCACAUGUAAAAUCAUAUGUUUUUGGAACACCUCACAUGUGAUGAUCUUGGCAGGGCGGCAGGCAGCCUGGCGGUUAGAGCAGGGCUCGCCAUCCCUGUUCAUGGAGAGCUACCCUCCUGUAGGUUUUCUCUCCAACCCCAGUUAUAACUAAUCUGAUUCAGUUUAUCAACCAGCUAAUUAUUAGAAUCAGUUGCGCUAGAUUAGGGUUGGAGGGAAAACCUACAGGAUGGUAGCUCUCCAGGAACAGGAUUGAAGAUCCCUGGGUUAGAGUGUUGGGCCAGUAACCGAAAGGUUGCUGGUUCAAAUACCUGAGCUGACAAGGUGAAAAAUCUGUUGAUUUGUAACGUAAGCUCGCGCUUCACGUCGGCUGGUCUUUCUCAUUCAAAGUUCGAACCAUUCUAAACGUGCAGUCGCCACUCCACGCUUCCUGGUCUAAAUGUAAAUUUAGUCCCCAAGGCUUUUAUCCUCGGGGAAAAAGGGGCGUUCCAUCACGCCGACCCAAUGUCUGUGCUCACUUGGGCGUGGUUACUGACUGGCAAAAGUUUCUAUGAAAAACAAUUCUCAUUUAGAAGGCUAAAAUUACAUUGCUAUCUUACAAACGUAUUCUCAUACUUAAUCAUAUAUUUUAAACAACAUUUAGAUGCAAACCUGAUCAAUGAAAUGUGUACACUUUCACUUUUUAUUUAGUAAUACCAUCCUUAAUAACAUCACAAAACAAUAAACAAUAUAACAUGAUUAUUCUUUAGAUCCCCACCGACCAUACCAAACAUUUGGAUCUCAACAUUUUUUACAUUUUACUCAUUUAGCAGACGCUCUUAUCCAGAGCGACUUACAGUUAGUGAAUACAUUUUUUAUUUUAUUUUAUUUUUUAUACUGGCCCCCCGUGGGAAUCGAACCCACAACCCUGGCGUUGCAAAUGCCAUGCUCUACCAACUGAGCUACAUCCCUGCCGGCCAUUCCCUCCCCUACCCUGGACAACGCUGGGCCAAUUGUGCGCCGCCCAUGAGUCUCCCGGUCGCGGCCGGCUGCGACAGAGCCUGGAUUCAAACCAGGAUCUCUAGUGGCACAGUUAGCACUGCGAUGCAGUGCCUUAGACCACUGCGCCACUCAGGAUCAACAACAAUGUUCCAAUGUCCAAUCUUUUGAUGUUAGAGUUUUUAGGCAGCAAGAGUCUCUCUGUAACAAAGAGAUUUCUUUCUUCCCAUAAUGGAGACCAAAAGGAGUCAUUUUCUGCAAACUAUUUAUGUUAAGUCAAAAAACAUGUUAAGUCAACCCCUCCUGUGGGGGAGAAGGGGGGAGGUGUCUGGCUAUCUGUCAGCCAUUUGCCAAGCUGAUCUGGCACCUUUGAUCCUCACCAAGGAGAGCAGUAUCCAAAUUCAUAGGAUGUAGUGAUCACAAUAUAGUAGCCAUAUCUAGGAAAACCAAAGUUCCAAAGGCUGGGCCUAAUAUAGUGUAUAAGAGGUCAUACAAUAAGUUUUGUAGUGAUUCUUAUGUUGAUGAUGUAAAGAAUAUUUGCUGGUCUGUGGUGUGCAAUGAGGAGCAACCAGACGCUGCACUUGAGACAUUCAUGAAAUUGCUUAUUCCAGUUACUAAUAAGCAUAUACCCAUUAAGAAAAUGGCUGUAAUAACUGUUAACUCCCCUUGGAUUGAUGAGAAAUGUAAAAAUUGUAUGGUUGAAUGGGAUGAGGCAAAAGGUAUGGCAAAUAAGUCUGGCAGCGCAACCGAUUGGCAAACGUACUGCAUAUUGAGAAAUCAUGUGACUAAACUAAAUCAAAAUAAAUGAUACUAUGAAAGAAUUAUUGUUGUCAAUCAACAAUGACAAGCCACUGGGGUCUGAGAACCUUGAUGGAAAAUUACUGAAGUUAUUUUUGCCAUAUCUUCAAUUUAAGCCUACUGGAAAGUGUGUGCCCUCAGGCCUGGAGGGAAGCAAAAGUCAUUCCACUCCCCAAGAAGAGUAAAGCCCCCUUUACUGGCUCAAAUAGCCGACCAAUCAGCCUGUUACCAACCCUUAGUAAACUUUUUGAAAAAAUUGUGUUUGACCAGAUACAAUGCUAUUUUACAGUAAACAAAUUGACAACAGACUUUCAGCAUGCUUAUAGGUUUAUGUAGGGAAGGACAUUCAACAAGCAUUUACAAAAAAGACUGAUGAUUGGCUGAGAGAAAUUGAUGAUUUUAUUUGGUACGAAUCAUUCACUUAACCCUAAACCUCUACUACAGUCUAUUCGGAAAGUAUUGAGACCCCUUGACUUUUUCCACAUUUUGUUACAUUACAGCCUUAUUCUAAAAUGGAUGAAAUAAAAACUUUUCCUCAUCAAUCUAAACACAACACCCCAUAAUGACAAAGCAAAAACUGUAUUUUAGAAAUGUUUGCAAAUUCAUUAAAAAUAAAAAACAGAAAUACCUUAUUUACAUAAGUAUUCAGACCCUUUGCUAUGAGACUCGAACUUGAGCUCAGGUGCAUCCUGUUUCCAUUGAUCAUCCUUGAGAUGUUUCUACAACUGAUUGGAGUCCACCUGUAGUAAAUUCAAUUGAUUGGACAUUGUUUGGAAAGGCAGACACCUGUCUAUAUAAGGUCCCACAGUUGACAGUGCAUGUCAGAGCAAAAACCAAGCCAUGAGGUCAAAGGAAUUGUCCGUAGAGCUCCGAGACAGGAUUGUGUCGAGGCACAGAUCUGGGGAAGGGUACCAAAAAAUGUCUGCAGCAUUGAAGGUCCCCAAGAAGACAGUGGCUUCCAUCAUUCUUAAAUGGAAGCAGUUUGGAACCACCAAGACUCUUCCUAGAGCUGGCCACCCGACCAAUCUGAGCAAUCGAGGGAGAAAGGCCUUUUUCAAGGAGGUGACCAAGAACCCAAUGGUCACUCUGACAGAGCUCCAGAGUUCCUCUGUGGAGAUGGGAGAACCUUCCAGAAGGACAACCAUCUCUGCAGCACUCCACCAAUCAGGCCUUGAUGGUAGAGUGGCCAGACAGAAGCCACUCCUCAGGAAAAGGCACAUGACAGCCCACUUGGAGUUUGCCAAAAGACUCACAGACCAUGAAAACAAGAUUCUCUGGUCUGAUGAAACCAUUAUGGGGUAUUGUGUGUAUAUUGAACAAUUUAAUCAAUUUUAGAAUAAGGCUAUAACGUAACAAAAUGUGGAAAAAGUCGAGGGGUGUGAAUACUUUCCGAAUGCACUGUAAAUCUUGUAAUGAAUAAUGUGGAAAUUGAGCAAGAUGAGGUGACUAAACUGCUUGGAGUAACCCUGGAUUGUACACUGUCAUGGUCAGAACAUAUUGAUACAACAGUAGCUAAUAUGGUAGCUUAGUGGUUAAGAACAUUGUGCCAAUAACCAAAAGGUUGCUGUUUCUAAUCCCCGAGCCGACUAGGUGAAGAAUCUGUCGAUGUGCCCUAGAGCAAGGCACUUAACGCUAAUUGCUCCUGUAAAUUGCUCUGGAUAAGAGCAUCUGAUAAAUGACUAAAAUUUAAGUUUGUCCAUUAUAAAGUGCUGCUCUGCCUUUUUAACAAGGCAGGUCCUAAUACGGUUCAGUAUUGUGGUCAGAUGCCACAAAGAGGGCUUAGGAAAAUUACAAUUGGCUCAGAACAGGGCAGCACGGCUGGCCCUUAAAAGUACACUGGGAGCUAAUAUUAAUGACAUGCAUGUCAAUCUCCCAUGGCUCAAAGUGGAAGAGAGAUUAACUUCAUAACUACUUUUUUUUGUAUGAAGUAUUGACAAGCUGAAUGUACCGAGCUGUCUGUUUAACCUCUUAAGGAUCGGAAAGUUUUUUUCAAUUUCGCCUAACAUGACAUACCCAAAUCUAACUGCCUGAAGCUCAGGACCCGAAGCAAGGAUAAGCAUAUUCUUGAUUCCAUUUCAAAAGGAAACACUUUGAAAUUUGUGUAUAUGUGAAAUUAAUGUAGGAGAAUAUAACACAUUAGAUCUGGUAAAAGAUAAUACAAACAGAAAAUCAUGUGUUUUCUAUUUUUUUUAGGUUACAUCAUCUUUGAAAUACAAGAAAAAGGCCACAAUAUAAUAUAGCAGUUUAGACGCAAUUUAGAUUUUGGCCACUAGAUGGCAGCAGUGUGUGUGCAAAGUUUCAGAUUGAUCCAGUGAAGCAUUUUUUUUUGUAUCAAGUCUGCCCAAAAGUGCCGAAUUGAUCAAUUGAUUCAUUUUCAAGUACAUAACUAUAGAGAACAUACAAAAAUGGUAUGGUAAUACAAAAGGUACAUUUACACACUCCCAGGAAUGUCAUACAUGAUGGUCAUUAGCUUAUACACUAACGUUCACACAUCUAGAUAGCCGGGCGGGGUGGGUGUGGAGCCAGAGACAGCAGUGGUUCAAACUGUAGAACCCAGUUCCUACAUUUUAAUAUAAAAAUUGAUUUUAUCAAACAGAACUAUGCUACAUUUUAUCCCUGGGACCCUUAGGAUGACAAAUCAAAGCAAGAUUACUGAACGUAAGUACAUUAUUUAUCUUCAGAGGUGAAUGUAGCAAACCAGUUGCCGUGAUACGUUUAUUUUUUUUGUUGUGCACUCUCCUCAAACAAUAACAUGGUAUUUUUUCACUGUAGUAGCUACUGUAAAUUGGACAGUGCAGUUAGAUUAACAGGAAUGUAAGCUUUCUGCUCAUAUAAGACAUGUCUAUGUCCUGGAAAGUUUGCUGUUACAUACAACAGUCAUGCUAAUCACAUUAGCGCAUGUAAGCUCAACCGUCCCGUAUACGGGACACCGAUCCCGUAGAAGUUAAAUUACUAGCACACAGCUUGGACACCCAUGCAUACCCCCACAAAACAUGCCACCAGAGGUCUCUUCUCAAUCCCCAAGUCCAGAACAGACUAUGGGAGGCGUACAGUACUGCAUAGAGCCAUGACUACAUUGAACUUUAUUCCACAUCAGGUAGCUGAUGUAAGCAGUAGAUUCAGAUUUUUUUUUAAACAGGUAAAAAUACACCUUAUGGAACAGCAGGGACUGUGAAGAGACACACACAAAGGUACAGACACGCAUACGCACACAAGCGCUAGCACACACUCUACACACACAUACAUUGUAAUAUUGUUUUAUGGUGGUAUUAUACAUUUUGUAUUGUAGAUAUGUAGUGGUGUAAUAAUGUUAUAUGAUGUAGUGUUUUAUCAUUUGUUUUAUAUGUGAUGCCUUGGCAGCAGCUAAUGUGGAUCCCUAAUAAAUACAAACACAAAUACAAACUGUAUUUAGGAAAAAUUCCAAUCUGGUUUUUGUGCCCACCACAGUACAGAUACAGUCUUAGCUAAAGUGGUAAAUUAUCUUAGAGCCAACACAGAUGCCAAACAGCUUUCUGUUCUACUCUUGGAUUUAAGUGCUGCAUUCGAUACUGUUGACCAUGGUGUCCUUCUGGACAGACUGGAGAGGUGGGUUGGCCUCUCCGGUCCAGUUCUAAAUUGGUUUAGGACAUAUUUGACUGGUCGAGAGUUUUUUGUCACCAUUGGUGAACAUAACUCAGAGAAAAUACAUCUCACCUGUGUUGUUCCACAAGGUUCGAUUCUGGGUCCAGUACUGUUUAGUCUAUAUGUUUAUAUAUGCCAGCGUUACCAGAAAGCACAGCAUUGAUUUUCACUGCUACACAUGAAAUACACAACUGUACAUUUCUGUGUCACCAGAGGAGUUUCACUCCACUGAUAAAUUAUUAGACUGUAUCAGUGAUUUAAAUACUUGGAUGGCUCACAACUUCCUUCAGCUAAAUCAAGACAAGACCGAGGUACUUAUUGUUGGAGCCAAAGCACAGAGAGAGAAUCAGGCAAUAAAGAUAAAACACCAGGUAAAAAACCUAGGUGUUAUUUUCGAUUCUGAACUAAAUUUAGAAUCACACAUUAGGAAUGUGACCAAAAUAGCUUUUUACAACCUGAGGAACAUUGCCAAGGUGCGGCUGUUUCUCGCUCAGGCUGAUACAGAGAGACUCAUCCAUGCUUUUACUACAAGCAGGCUUGACUACUGUAAUGCUCUCCUGUCUGGUCUACCCAAGAAAGCCAUUGGUCAACUGCAAAACAAGAACAGACGAAGAGCACACAUUACACCGGUUGUGGAUUCGAUUCCCAUGGGGGGCCAGUCAAAAAUAAAAAUAAUGUAUGCACUCACUAACUGUAAGUCGCUCUGGAAAAGAGCGUCUGCUAAAUGACUAAAAUGUACUGGCAUUUUAACUAUCCCAAAGCCUAGGACCAAGAGGCAUGGAGAGGCAGCAUUUAGUUAUUAUGCCCCCAGCCUCUAGAAUAGCCGGCCAGAGACCCUUAGGGGGGCCGAAACUGUGUACAUAUUUCAAAGAGAUCUUAAAACACAUAUUUGUAGCUUUCUUUAGGGUGCUUUUUAGUUUUUGUGAUUCUUAAGGUUUUUAUCUUGUGUUUGUUGUGUAGUAAAUAUUUCAUUGUUUUUUAUCCGUUUUUUUCCUGUGAAGCACAUUGUGUUGCAUUCCAUGUCUGAAAUGUGCUGUAUAAAUAAAGCUUGAUUUGAUUUUAUGUAUUAUAGGUAACGCAUGUUUAGGGGAACACUAUAUAGACUUUUUGGUGCAUCACAAAGAUCAGUGUAUCUGAAAUCAAGAGGUUGUGAGUUCAAAUCCCAGUUGGGGUCAUAUUUUAGCUGAACAGUGAUAACACAUGGAAUUGCAUGUGAAGUGUUACAAAAACACAUUUUCACUUGAAUUUUAUUGCUGUUAAUUUUGUGGUCAAUUUUACAGUCAUUAUAUUGUCAAUUUCUACAGUAAUAGGAUACUGUAUUAGUAUUUUGCUAUUCAUUUACUGUCAAUCGCAAAGCACUUGGAUACUUUUUGGCCUGUCCUGCAAAUUACAGUAACUUGGCAUGCCUCACUUGCAAUUGCAUUUAAACUUAUAGGAUACUUUAAAUGCGCUUAUGGCACAAACUGAUAAUUGGACAAUUAUUUACUUGAUUCUGGGCUGCUUUUAGCAAAGUGCAGAAAUGCAUUGUUGCCAAUAAGUCUGUGGCCAUAUCUCUUUCACAGAUCUGGUGGGGUAGCUGCACUGUAGCAGGUUUCAGGCCCCCUGUUUCAGGUUGCUAGGGACCAAGAGGUUGUACGUUCAAAUCCGAUUUUAAGGCUUAGUCACAGUCAAAGAUUUUACAGUAAUUUAAAUGAGAAUACAUUUUAUAGAAAUAACACCUUAAAGUUGUUGUAUAUAUUAACUUUAUUUUUAAUGCAACUUUAGGCAAAGUGCAGAAAUGUAUUCUUGCCAAUCUUCAUUCUGUCCACAGUCCUGGUGGGGCAGAAGGAACUUCAGGUAGCUAGCAAUCAAGAGGUUGUGAGUUCAAAUCUAAGUGAGGUUGUAAUCAACAUACUAAGCUUCAACAUUAACACCUCACUUUAGCUGUAAAAAUACAGUAACUGGUUGUAGAUUUACCAUAUUUUCACCACAACUAGAAAAAACCCUCCAGUGCACCCUGACUCAACGUUUUAAGAAUGUCCUAGAAAUGUCCUUUGGGACAUCCUUGGAACAAACCGGGAACUAGACAAAACUUGCAGGGGACCAUGACUAUUUAAAUUGAAUUAACGUCAAUUUUGCCUUUGAAAGUAAAAUAUUCUAAAUUACAUUUGACACCUGGGUUUUCACAUGGUAUCACAUGUUGAAAUUUUGGGUCCCCAUGUCUUCACAUUUAUUUCACGAGAACGUGUUUUCGCAUGUGCUCACAUGGUGUCACGUCUAGUUUCAUGUUAUCACAUGUUGACAUUUUGCUUCACCAUGUUGUCACAUUUAUUUUACAUGUGUUCACAUAUUGUCACGUGUAGUUUUAUGUUAUCACGUUGCUUCACAUGUUGUCACCUGCUAUCACAUUAACUUCACAUUAAAUCACAUGUUCACAAGUGAAAUUCAUGUUUUUUUCCUGUAAGGAAAUGCUGAACAAUGAUGGCACAAUGUCCCAAUUGCUAUUUAUGUAAAAAACGGAAAGUAAAUCAUGUUUAUGUUUAUCAUAUCAGCUUCCACAUGUUGUCAGGAGGUACAUCACUUGGAUAUUACAUAUAUAUUUGUAGCCCCCUUCUUUCUCAUUUCAGGCUUCAUGUGAAGCAUUAUCCACAUACCUGACCUCCACCCUCAACCCAUACAUCGCUAACGUGACCGCUGCCACCAAACUCUGUAGUGAUGUCCUUUGCCAGGGCAAUGGCCGCUGUGUCAGAAAGGACUACAACUCCAAUGACUACCUGCACCUGAACCUGGACAACUUCCGCCUCCUAAAGUCCCAGGGGAAGUACGUGGCCAUCGGAAUACCCUCCUCCGCUGACCUCCUCACUUUAGCAGACAAGUUCACCUGCCAGUGCUACACAGGCAGUAGCUGUUCACCCCACUUAUCACAUCCCAUGAACCCUAUGGUUAUUCAAGUAUAGCCUCCCUGGGGUUUCACUCUCAGAAAAUCGGACUAAUUAAAAAACAUACACUUUGUUGCGUUCACAGUAAGGGUAUGUGUAUAUGAUUGAAGCCAUUAAUCAAGUUUCUCAUUUUUAGAUUAACAGUAUUUGGAGGGGAAUCCUGCACUAUAGGUCUGGAUCAUUAAAGUAAAAAAUUACAUAUUUGUGUCAAAAUAAAAUUGUGAGUAUUAUUUGGUAUCCUUUGGAAAGUAUGCAGAGCCUGUAACCUUUAACCCAAUAACCCCAACGUUUUUAAGGGCUUUGAGUAAUGGUACUGGGAUGAUUACAUUGAAGAAAUAGUGUGUUUUAACAUAUUUAGUUAAGAUAUUAUAAAAUUACUGGCUAAGUAUCUACAAUUACUCAGCAGUGAAUUUCCAACUUGAGCUGACCAAGCAUAUAGAGGGAAAGAUACUAGGGACAAAUCAUUCCUUCCCACUGCACAUAAACAGGUUGAAUCAACGUUGAUUCCAUGUAAUUUCAACCAAAACAGUCAAUGUGAUGACGUUGAAUCAACGUGGAAAACUGAUUGGAUUCGUUAAAAGUCAUCAACGCAAGGGAAUUUCAUAUUUUUUUCAACCAACUUUUAACAUAAGUCUAAUGACAUGGUGAAAUGUUUUGUU